AUGGCAUGUGAAAUGAUGAUGUCAUUUGAUCUAACAAAUUGCAAGACUGCGAUCACACCUUCUGAGACGAAUCACAAGCUGGAUUAUGAUGUUGAGGUGAUGAUGCUUGAUAUUUGCUAUGCAGUUGGAAUGGUGAGUAAGUUUAUGAACAAGUUAAAGUGGUCACGUUAUCAAGCUGUUGUCAAGAUACUGGGGUAUAUUAGGGGGACUCAAAGGUAUGGAGUUUUAAUCCCUUCUGGUGUUAAAUCUGACUUAGAGCUGAUAUGCUAUUCAGACUCUGAUUGGUGUGGAGACAGAGUUGACAGAAGAAGUACUUCUGAAUAUUUCUUCAAGUAUCUAAGAAGUCAUAUUUCUUGGUGCUCCAAGAAGCAACCUGUGAUUGCGUUGUCAACUUGUAAAGCCGAGUACAUUGCAGGUGCUUUGUCUGCGUGUUAA